AUGGCGACGCACAUGCCUAGGCUGGUGAUCAUUCGCCAUGGCGUGACAGAAUGGUCCAAGUCAGGGAGUCAUACUGGACGUACUGAUCUUCCCCUCCUCCCAGAGGGUGCGAUGGAGGCCAAAAUGUUCGGCACCCGUCUUGUGGGACUAUCUCCGGAUGAUGUUGUGCGUCUGCAGAAUGUAGGUCGCAUCAUUCGUAGUCCGCGUCAGCGUUGCGCUCAUACGCUAGAUUAUGUCCUCGGAAUGGAGGAAGAUCGCAAAAGAAUUGGUCUUCCUAAUGUAGAAGUGUGCGACGACGUCCGUGAAUGGGACUACGGAGCAGCCUAUGAGGGCAAAAAGACCAAGGAAAUUCGUGAGUCGUUCAGGUCAGACUGGGACAUUUUCCAACAUGGCACGCCCGACCACCCCACCGACCCCAAUUUGCCUGGUGAAUCCGUGCAGCACAUUAGUGACCGAGCCGACGCGGUAGUCGCGCAGAUCAAGCAAUACCAUCGGCUAGAGAAAAAGGACUUGGUCGUGUUCACUCAUGGGCACUUUAGUAUUGUUCUCGUUGCGCGAUUUUUGAAUUUGCCAGUGCAAAUGGCGCGCUCCUUCCUCAUGUCGACCACGGGUGCUGCCGUGCUUUCGUACCACCACCGGUCCUUCGAAGAGCCUGUGCUGAUUGGCUUCUUCUCGCCCACGAUGCACCCUUCCCCUACCUGUGGUAUCGAUUUUUCACAGCGUUCUGAGGAGUACCAGUACUUGGAGCUUGUGGCCAAUGUCAUUCGAUUCGGUGAGGUUCGUCAAGAUCGGACAGGUACGGGCACCAAGGCGCUUUUCGCCCCACAGAAUCCUCUCAAGUUCACCCUUCGCGACAACACACUUCCCCUUUUGACAACGAAGCGUGUCUUUUACCGUGGCGUGCUGGAAGAGCUGCUGUGGUUCAUUGCCGGGCGCACGGACUCUAAGUGGCUCAGUGAACGAAAUGUACACAUCUGGGAUGGCAAUGGUUCCACCGAAUUUCUGCAGAAGCGCGGACUUGGGCACCGCCGUGAAGGUGACCUGGGUCCAGUGUACGGCUUCCAAUGGCGCCACUUUGGCGCGAAGUAUGUGGAUGCUGAUACCAACUACCAGGGUCAGGGUGUCGAUCAACUCGCCCACGUCAUCGAACAAAUCAAGACGAACCCAACGGACCGGCGCAUUUUACUGAGCGCAUGGAACCCCAUCGAUCUGGACAACAUGGCGCUUCCACCUUGUCAUAUUCUCUGCCAGUUCUUCGUGUCGCUUCCCACGGAGGCAGAGAAGGCACAGGGAGAAAAGCCGCGUCUUUCUUGCCAAAUGUACCAACGUUCGUGUGACCUGGGCCUGGGUGUGCCGUUCAACAUUGCAAGCUACGCUCUGCUGACGCACUUUAUUGCUGCAGUGACAGGUUGCACGGCCGAAGAAUUAACGCUUGUAAUGGGCGACGCCCACGUUUACUUGGAUCAUGUGGAACCAUUGCAGGAGCAGUUACUGCGUGAGCCGCGCACAUUCCCCACGAUCCGCUGGCGCCGCGCAGUAGAAUCCAUUGACGACAUUCGUGCUGACGAUAUCGAACUAGUGGAUUACGCGCCCUAUGGGAAACUAGACAUGCGCAUGAGUGUAUAG